CUUCGUUCUAACUAAAAUAAUAAAAAAAAAUCUCAAAAAACCAAAAAGAAUCAAAAUCGAGAAAUUUCUUGGUUUUGAUCGAAGAUGGAAGAACCCAGACCUGAAGGAUCAAUGAUCGCAUCAACUCCUACUGCUUCUGCUGCUGAUGCUAUCACGAUCGCGGACGACGAUGAUUUGGCCAACGGAAGCAAUGAAGCAGCGACGGCGGCGGCGGAGGACAGAGUGAAGGGGCCGUGGUCGCCGGAGGAGGACGCGGUGCUGAGCAGGCUUGUGAGCAAGUUCGGAGCUCGGAAUUGGAGCUUGAUCGCUCGAGGGAUCGCCGGGAGAUCGGGGAAGUCUUGCAGGCUUCGGUGGUGUAAUCAGCUUGCUCCUUAUGUUAAGCGCAAGCCUUUUACUGAGGAAGAGGACCGAAUAAUUAUUGCUGCUCAUGCUGUCCAUGGUAACAAAUGGGCAGCCAUUGCAAGGCUUUUAGAAGGCAGAACAGACAAUGCUAUAAAGAAUCACUGGAAUUCUACUCUAAAACGUCGACGCUUUGAAUUAGAGCAUUCUAGAACAGCCUAUUGUUCUCCUGAAGAUGCUAGUGCAGACAAAACUAGAGGAUCUUCAGAGGAAACUCAAUCCUUAGGGGAUGCUAAUUCUUUCAAGCCCGUGGAAGGAAGAGAUUUUAAUGCAAGGGAAAAUAUUUGUGAUCAGAGUGAGGAUAAGAUUCAGAAUCAAGCUCAGUCUUGUGAACCUGAGAUUAAAGAUCCGCCCUACUUGUUUAGGCCAGUUGCGAGAGUGAGCGCCUUCAGCAUGUAUUCUCCUGCAUCUGGUCAAUCAAGUGGUUCUUUACUCUCUAGGCCAGCUGGAGCACAUGGAUCACUUUUCCAGCCCUCUAUAUCUAACAGUGGAACCAGCAAGUUACUUGAUUGUAUUUGUUGUGAACCGGAGGUUCCAUCGAGAUGUGGACAUGGGUGUUGUGGGAGUAACAAGGAAAGUUCUAAACGUUCUUUGUUGGGCCCUGAGUUUAUUGAUUUUGUUGAGACUCCACCCAUUUCAAGUCAUGAGUUGGCUGCAGUAGCUUCAGAUCUUAGUGCUAUUGCUUGGCUUAAGAGUGGGUUUCAGACUACUGGAAGUAGAGACUAUGGUAGUUCACUUGGGAACAUAAACAUAAGCAACGGCUUUGCGAGUACAUUUUAAGAGGAGUUGUUAACGUUAAGAGAUUGUUGAAAGGUGAGAAGCUGAUCUGAAGUGCUUCCUAAUGCAAGGCAUCUUUGCGGCUACAGCUGAGGACAUAAAUCAGCAGUCCAAGUGUUUUUCUCGCAAUGCUGGACCUGAGCAUUGGAUUUAUCGGUGACAAUUACUCUCUGAGUGUUUCCAAGUUCUUCUUGAACCGGAAGAAAAUCACUUUGGUAAACGAAGGAAAGAACUACAAUGCUAGGAUUUAAGUAGAGUUACUUACAUAUGUGUUUCGUGGUCUGCCUGUUUGUGCUCACCAUCGCUCGACAUUUAUAAGAUGAUAUUUGAAGAGUCGGUCACGCUGGACAGGGAUUGCUUACUUUCUUUUUGUAUAUGGGUAUGGUUCUCCUUUUAUAUAUGCGGUCUUUGUGUUCA